GUGAAAGGAGAAAGCAGGGAAAGUUGGCAUGUUUUUGCGUCUUUACGCCUCCUGCGUCCGCCGUCCACCCGCUUCAGGGUUCAGCGUUAUUGUUUUACCUCACGUUGAUUAUUUUCUUCAGAUUAAAAUGUAAACAAUCCUCUCAGUUUUUCGUAUUUUUCCUCAGGUUUGCUGAGUGAUGUCGCUAAUCGGGUCUACACGGAUGGCAGAUGUUUAAUGGCAGAUGUUUACAGUUUGUUUGAUGAGAAUGAAUUAAAACUCUAAGCUUGUUGUGUCUGAGACCACAAUAAAACCAUCACCCUCUUGCAAGUCUUCUCCUGCCUCUCCUGGUGUGUCCACUGUCCUAAAUAUGAGCUCUACAAACACAUCAAGCGAUGGCCCUUUUAGUAGUAAGAAAACAUUAUCUGGUACUAAGACCUCUUGCAAAAAAAUAAAGGACCAAAAUAGUGGGACGAAAUUAAGUCAACAAAGUCAUCUGGAAACACACCAGCGCAGUCACACAGGAGAGAAGCCGUAUCAGUGCUCACAGUGUGGGAAGAGUUUUACUGCUGCUGGUAGUCUUCAAACACACCAGCGCAUUCACACUGGAGAGAAGCCGCAUCAAUGCUCACAGUGCGGAAAGAGUUUCACUGCUGCUGGGCAACUCCUGAGACACCAGCGUGUUCACACAGGAGAGAAGCCGUACCAGUGCUCACAGUGUGGGAAAUGUUAUAGCCAGCAGCAUAAUCUUAAAACGCAUCAGCGUUCUCACACAGGAGAGAAGCCGUACCCCUGCUUACAGUGUGGGAAGAGUUUUUCUAAGGCUGGUGCUCUUCGAACACACCAGUUCAUUCACACAGGAGAGAAGACGUAUCAGUGCUCACAUUGUGGGAAGGGUUUCUCUUCAUUGGGUACUUGUCGUUCACAUAUGUGCAUUCACACAGGAAAGAAGCCGCACUCCUGCUCACAGUGUGGGAAGAGUUUUAUUACGUCUAGUAAUCUCCGAGCGCACCAGCGCGUUCACACAGGAGAGAAGCCGCAUCAGUGUUCACAGUGUGGGAAGAGUUUUACUACUUCUAAUGCUCUUCAAAUACACCAGCGCAUUCACACAGGAGAGAAGCCGUAUCAGUGCUCAUAUUGUUGGAAGAGUUUUUCUUUAUUGAGUACUUGUCGUUCGCAUAUACGCAUUCACACAGGAGAAAAGCCGUACCCCUGUUCACAUUGUAAUAAGAGUUUUACUACUGCCAGUAAUCUCCGAAAACAUGAGCGCAUUCACACUGGAGAGAAGCCGUAUCAGUGCUCACAGUGUGGGAAGAGUUUUACUACUUCUAGUGAUCUCCGAACUCACCAGCGCAUUCACACAGGAGAGAAGCCGUAUCAGUGCUCACAGUGUGGGAAACGUUUUACUCAGCUAGGUGCGCUUCAACAACACCAUCUGAUCCACAAAGGGCGCAUUCACACAGGAGAGAAGCCUUAUCAGUGCUCACAGUGUGGAAAGAGUUUUACUAGGGCUAGUCAUCUCCAAUUACACCAGCGAAUUCACUCUGGAGAGAAGCCGUAUCCCUGUGUACAGUGUGGGAAGAGUUUUACCACUUCUAGUUCUCUCCAAACACAUCAGCGCAUUCACACUGGAGAGAAGCCGUAUACCUGCUCACAGUGCGGGAAGAGAUUUACCAGUGCUAGUGACCUACGAACACACCAGCGCAUUCACACAGGAGAGAAGCCGUAUCAGUGCUCACAGUGUGAGAAGAGUUUUAACACUUUUCGUUGUCUCCAAAUACACCAGCACAUUCACACUGGGCAGAAACCAUAUCUCUGCUUACAGUGUGGAAAGAGUUUUACCACUUUCAGUUCUCUCCAAACACACCUGCGCAUUCACACAGGAGAGAAGCCGUAUCAGUGCUCACAGUGUGGAAAGAGUUUUACUACUGCUAGUAGUCUCCAAACACACCAUCGCGUUCACACUGGAGAGAAGCCAUAUCACUGCUUACAGUGUGGGAAGAGUUUUACGACUGCUAGCUGUCUCCAAACACACCGGCGCGUUCACACUGGAGAGAAGCCGUAUCACUGCUCACGGUGUGGGAAGAGUUUUACUACUGCUAGCUAUCUUCAGAAACACCGGCGCAUCCACACAGGAGAGAAGCCGAAUCCAUGCUUGCAGUAUUACCAGUGCUCAGGUUGUGGGAAAAGAUUUAGUCACCCAAGUAAUCUGAAAAGACAUCAGCGUGUUCACACAGGAGAGAAGCCGUAUCACUGCUCACAGUGUGGGGCGAGUUUUACUACGUCUAGCUCUCUCCAAACUCACCAACGCAUUCACACUGGAGAGAAGCCAUAUCCCUGCUUAUGGUGUGGGAAAUGUUUUACACAGCCAGGACACCUCCAAACACAUCAGCUCAUUCACACUGGAGAAAAGCCGUAUCAUUGCUCACAGUGUGGGAAGACUUUUACUAGGGCUAGUUAUCUCCAAACACACCGGCGCAUUCACACUGGAGAGAAGCCAUAUCCCUGCUUAUGGUGUGGGAAAUGUUUUACACAGCCAGGACACCUCCAAACACAUCAGCUCAUUCACACUGGAGAAAAGCCGUAUCAUUGCUCACAGUGUGGGAAGACUUUUACUAGGGCUAGUUAUCUCCAAACACACCAGCGCAUUCACACAGGAGAGAAGCCGUAUUGGUGCUCACAGUGUGGGAAGAAUUUUUCUACUUCUGGUCAUCUCCAAAUACACCAGCGCAUUCAUUCAGGAGACAAUAUGUAUCUCUGCUUACAGUGUGGAAAGCGUUUAACUACUGCUAGUCAUCUUCAAACACACCAGCGCAUUCACACAGGAGAGAAGUUGUAUCCCUGCUCACAGUGUGGGAAGUGUUUUGCUAGGGCUAGUCACCUCCAAACACACCGGCGUAUUCACACGGGAGAGAAGCCGUAUCACUGCUUACAAUGUGGGAGGAGUUUUACUAGGGCUAGUUCUCUCCAAACACACCAGCGCAUUCACACAGGAGAGAAGCCGUAUCACUGCUCACAGUGUGGGAAGAGUUUUACUGCUGCUGGUAAUCUUCGAAAACACCAUCGCAUUCACACAGGAGAGAAGUCCUAACACCAUUACAGUGUGGGAAAUGAUUUGUGCUUUGCAGUCAUUUCUAAAUAUACUGCCUGGCAAAAAAAAAAGUUGUCAUUUCAUCAGAAUGGUUAAUUUAUUGGGCUGCAAAGUAGAGAAAACAAAGAUUUGAAAAAAAAAAUACUUUCAACAAAUUAUCAAAAUCCGAAAGGAUAGUGCUGAACCGUCAACUUUAUAGAAAAUGUGGUCAGAAAAAAAUAAUAAUAAUAGCGAUCACACUUAAAGUUCUAUUGCAAAAGGUCAACAGUAAGUUAGGUAUGAUGAAUAGUUAAAGUAAAAGCAUUUUCAUGCACACACAUUGUGAUAAUUAGAUUAGGACUAAACAGUUGUGAGUUAGGCAGAUGAAAACAUCCAAAGUCAAUCGGACAUCACACAAAAAAAAAAGACUUGCUUUGCUUUUAUUGACAUAAAGCACUUGUUCUUAAACAAAGGCUUUUUGAAAAAAGGCUUGAAUUUGUCAGGAAGAAUAAAGAUUGGACUUGAAUCAAAUGGUCAUGUCGUCUGAUGAGUGCAGAUUGAGCCUACCCAGAGCGAUGUGGGCGUCAGGAUAAGAUGGGAAGUGCAUGAAGUGAUGCACCCAUCACGCAUACUGUAGUGUCCACUGUACAAGCCUCUGGAAGCAGUGUUAUGAUCUUGGGUUGCUUCAGUUGCUCAGGUCUAGACUCAGCAUGAUUAUGUGACAAUAAAAUGAUGUCAGCUGACGACCUAAAUGUACGGAAUGACCAAAUUAUCACAUUUAUGAAGUCUUUUUUACCGAUGGCAAUAUUCCAGUGGAAUACAACUGGCCACCAGAGUGUGUGGUUAAUCAAAGUUUUUUUUUUGGCCAGGCAGUGUUUAAUCAAGAUGGGGAUUGGUGAUGGGGUACAAUGAACUGAGUUUUACCCAUUACCCAGUCCCCGAUUGUUGUGAACUGCUUCAAGAAGCAAGGUAUUUCAUCAAUAAUAAAAGAGCUACUUGACUGUGCUCUAUGUAUUGUUAAUUCUGUACUAUUGUUUAACAUGUCUGUAUGUCUCUCAGUUGACUAAUCAAUAGUUGUUUUAGGGCUUACCAAGAUAUAAUAAUGGUUAUCUGCUGCAGACAGUACAGUAUCUAUAGUGGUUAGAAGCAUACAUUUAGACUAAGAUUGGCCUGGCCAAUUAUCAGGGCUGAUGUUCAUUCUGCGUUUUUACUAUCAUUGGUAUGCUGUAUUUUUUUCAAAAUCUGAUUGCUGUUAAAAUAUAUUAAUUUUAAAAUGUGCUACAUCCAGCACUUUGGUAAAAUGAAUUACUUUUACUCACGUUACUGUAAUUGAGUAAGUAGGUUUUUUUGUGUACUUCUACUUUUUAAAGUGUUUUUUUAAAUCUGUAACUUUACUUUUACUUAAGUAUGUUUUGUUGCUAAAUUUUAAAUCAUAUUCGCUACUAAGUAAAAAAUAAGUGAAAAAU